AUGUGUUUCUGCAACUGAAAGUUUUUGUCUCUUUUUUAUGCAUUCUUCACUGCAGAGGUUUUCUCGUUUUUGCUUUGUUUUCUUUUCCAACCUUCCCAGCUUCAAAGAUAACUUCCCCUGCCACAAUUUGCCCUGUUUGCAACUUCUCUUGUUUUCUGAGCUCUCUGGUUUUCAGUGAUUCUUUGAUCAAGAAUGGCCAUAAAGACAUUUGAAUUGUUGAAAGGGAAUGCAUCGCAUGAAGAGAUAAUGGAAGUUCUUGAAUCAGUGGCUGAAGAUUUGGGAGAUGUAAUCGAUGACAUGAAUUCCUUGCAGGUGAUACCUCUAAGUGGGGCAAUGACCAAUGAGGUUUUCGAGAUAAACUGGCCAACAAAAAGUGAUGGUAAUCGUAGAAGGGUUCUUGUUCGAUUAUAUGGUGAAGGUGUUGAUGUUUUCUUCAACAGGGUCGAUGAAAUCCAAACCUUUGAGUGCAUUUCAAAGCAUGGACUGGGUCCACGCCUUCUUGGCCUAUUCACCACUGGCCGAGUUGAAGAGUUCAUCCAUGCCCGGACACUCUCAGCUGCUGACCUCAGGGACCCUGAAAUAUCUGCUCUGAUAGCAUCAAAGAUGAGGGAGUUUCACAAACUUCAUAUGCCUGGUGCAAAGAAGGUUCAGAUUUGGCAGAGAAUGAGGAAGUGGCUUAGUCAUACCAAAAGCUUGUGCUCCCCAAAGGAUAUCAAGAAUUUUGUCCUGGACAAUCUAGAUGCUGAAAUAAAUAUGCUGGAGGAGUUGUUAUAUGAAGGACAUCAAGAAAUUGGUUUUUGUCACAAUGACCUACAAUAUGGUAACAUAAUGAUAGAUGAGGAGAAAAGAUCAAUCAUUUUAAUUGACUAUGAAUAUGCCAGUUACAAUCCUAUUGCAUAUGACCUGGCAAAUCAUUUCUGUGAAAUGGUGGCAAAUUACCAUAGUGACAAACCUCAUGAUCUUGGCUACACUAAAUAUCCUGGUCUGGAGGAGCGUCAAAGGUUUAUUUAUAAUUAUUUGAGUUCUGAAGGCAAGAAACCAAGCAACACUGAAGUGGAGCAGUUAGUGAAUGUUGCAGAAAAAUACACUCUUGCAAACCAUCUAUUUUGGGGCUUGUGGGGACUUAUUUCGAGUUAUGUCAGUACGAUUGACUUUGACUUCAAGGAAUAUGCAAGGCAGAGGUUUCAGCAAUAUUGGUUAAAGAAGCCUAUUUUAUUGGACUAACCAAGCAUCAUUUCCAAAGAUGGAAUUGUCAAUGGUUCAAUAGCACCCUUGACGUGAUUGCUUCUUAUGUCUUAGUGAAGUUCAAUUUGGCAUGUAAUUAUAUAUUCAUCAAUAGUAUU